AUUAAAUCAUAUCCAUAUUCCAAUACCAUACGUCUGCAGACGAACACUUUUGCUGUAAUUUAUUUUCGUAACAUACAAAAUCAGAAGUUUUCGGUGUUCGUAUUAAAUUCUAAAGUGGAUAAAGUACCUAGAUUCUAUAUAAAGCGAGCAAUGAAAAUGUUUGCGAACUUAUGUGAAAUUCCUGAGUUAAGCAGACCGAAUGUUUUUAUCAAAGAUAAAGAGGAUUUACUUAAGAAAAUAAAUCAAAUUGUAUCAGAUGGACACAAAAAGUUACAAAUAGUAACAGACUUCGACCACACAUUGACAAGGCACAAUAUGGAUAAUGGAGACCCAGUGUUGACUAGCUACGGUAUGUUCAGAGAAUGCCCAUCAAUACCUAAAGAUUAUAAAGAUGAAGAGAAUAGAUUAUCAGAAAUAUAUAAACCAAUUGAAGUAGAUCCAGUGAUGAGUGAUGAAGACAAGACCAAGCACAUGGUUGAUUGGUAUGUGGCUGGCCACAAGUUAUUAAAAGGAAUGAAAUUUCCAAAAAACGAACUCGAAGAAGUGAGUCAAAAAAUGAAGGAGUGCUUUAGAACAGGCGUUCGAGAGCUAAUAGCAUGGAGUGAGACACAGCAGGUGCCUGUGUUGGUUUUCUCUGCAGGACUCGGAGAAUGUGUGGUAGCUGCCCUCAGAGCUGCUAAUCUUCUCUUACCUCAUGUGAAGGUGGUGUCAAACUUUCUGGCAUUUGAUGAUACAGGAGCCAUAAUUGGAAUAAAAGGAGAUGUGAUUCAUACAUACAAUAAGAACGAAACAGUCAUUAAGAACACAGAAUAUUAUGAGAUGGUGAAAGAAAGGAACAAUGUUUUAUUAAUGGGGGAUAACAUUGGUGAUGCAGGCAUGGCGGAAGGUAUGGAGCACUGUGACGUCAUCAUCAAGAUAGGCUUCUUAGGACGUAAUACAGAUGCCAACCUUCAAAAUUAUGUUAAAAAAUUUGAUAUUGUUCUGGUUAAUGAUCAUUCAAUGGACAUAGCGAAUGCCAUAUUGAAACAUGUGCUGUGAUUUAUGUUCAGUUUACUACAUAUUAUUAUCAUUGGGAGAUUUUCAAAGUAAUUUUAAACUGUCAUCUUUGUAUAUAGUCUUGCACCGCACAUUGAAUAGGUUCAUUUUACUCCUUUAAACAAUAUUGCUUAAUAAUUGGUCAUACCAAAGAGGUAUAUCUGCUUUCUAUGAAAAAUACACAGUUUUGUUCUAUAUUGUAACUAAUUUUUUUGCUUUCUUCGUAAACAUUUAGCCUUAUUGCUAUUAAAACUAAUUCCUUUAAGGCAAACCUGCUGAUUUUAACAUAGGUUUUAUUCUGUAUAAAGAACAAAGUUCUUAUGUUAAAGAUUUAUUAUUGUUUUUAUUAUAUAGUUAGUAUCCACACUGUUAUAUGGUCUAAGAUCA